AUGACGUAUCGAUAUGGUUUAAAUGAUAAUGAUGCGGAUGAAAAAGCGGCAGAUAAUGAUAGUGAAAAUGAUCCUGAUAAUAAUAUAGACGAAGAUGAUAAUGAUAAUGCGAAUGAAGAAGUGAAUAGUGUUAUUAUUGAAAAUGUUCCAGAUUAUAACACAGAUGAGGAUGACUAUGUUAAGGAUGAUGCGGACGAAGUUAAAGAUGAUGAAGCGGAUUACUAUUAUAUAGAUGAUGCGGAUGAUGAUACAGAUGAUGAAAUCGAACUUUGA